UCAGGCUCUCGCGGGGUGGCAUUUGAAUCCGGAGCGGCGGCGGCGAAGAAGAAGAAGAAGAAGAAACGGCCCAGGCUGCUGCUGCUGCGGCUGUUGCGGCGGCGCCGGGAUUCUCGGAGCGGCCGAGCGAGCAGCCGGCCGGAGAGCGGAGCCAUGCGGAAGAGCGAGGUGUUGGCCAAUGAGUCGGUGGCGUGUCUGAACCGAGCCUUGAGUCACCUGCGGGAUAUCUGGGAAGAGAUCGGCAUCCCUGAGGACCAGCGGCUGCAGCGCACGGAAGUCGUGAAGAAACAUGUCAAGGGCCUGCUGGACAUGAUGGUUGCUGAGGAGGAAAAGCUGAAGGAGCGUCUCCUCAAGAGUAUUGCUGUGUGUCGCAAGGAGCUGGCAACCCUCUGCAGGGAGCUGCAGCUGGCUCCUUUUGAGGAGGACGAGGAGGCCACCAUCCUGCAGCUGGAGAAGGACCUGCGCACCCGCCUGGAAGUGAUGCUGAAGCAGAAGCGGGAGCGGAUGCAGGAGCUGAAGACGCUGCAGGAUCGGGACCAGGACCUGUGCGACCUUCUCUGCACCCCCCGCUACCACAUCGACAGCGAGGCCGUGCCCAGCCUGGAGGAGCUGGACCGCUUCCGGCGCCACUUGGCAGCCCUGGCCGCCGAGAAGGAGCGCCGCCGAGUGGAGUUCCUCAGCACCAAGCAGCAGAUCGUCUCGUGCAUGGAGGAGCUGGAGCACCUGCCAGACUCGAGCUUCGAGCGGGACGUGGCCUGCGAGGACGAGGAGGUCUUCUGCCUCUCCACGGCGAACAUCACGGCCCUGAAAGAGCUGCUCCAACAGCUGGAGGGCAGGAGAGCUCAGAAUGAGGCGGUGUGUGAAGAGCUGCGUUCCCGGAUCCGGGCACUCUGGGAUCGGCUGCAGCUGCCUGCGGAGGAGAGGGAAGCCUUUGCCCCAUACAUGGUGGGAUCCAGGGCCAAGACCAUGAAUGCCCUGCAUCUGGAGGUGGAUCGGCUGGAGGAGCUGAAGCUGCAGAACCUCCGGGGCGUGGUGGAGGCCAUCCGGGCUGAGCUGGCCGACCUCUGGGACCGCUGCUUCUACAGCGCUGAGCAGAGGCAGGCCUUCCGCCCCUACUACGAGGAGGACUUCACCGAGCAGCUGCUGCAGCAACACGACCAGGAGGUUGCAGAGCUCAGGCGCUACUUUGAGGCACACCAGCCGCUGUUUGAAGGGGUCCAGAAGUGGGAGAAGAACUGGCGCCUCUUCCAGGAGCUGGAGAGAAAGGCCACGGAUCCGAGCCGCUUCACCAACCGAGGGGGCCAGCUCCUGAAAGAGGAGAAGCUGCGUGCCAGGCUCCAGAAGACCCUGUCCAAGCUGGAAGAGGAGCUGAGGGGGCAGGUGGAGCGCUGGGAGGAGGAGCAGGCCCAGGCCUUCCUGGUGAACGGGCAGCGCUUCGUGGAGUACGUGGCCGAGCAGUGGCAGCUCCACCACCUGGAGAAGGAGAGGGAGAAGCAGGAGCGCCAACUCAAGAAGACCCGUCAGACUGAGGAGGAGAUGAUGUAUGGCAGCACCCCCCGGACCCCCAACAAGAGACGGGUCUUGGGCUUCAACACCCCCGGCAAGGUGCGGAAGCUCAACACCACAGCCGCCACCCCCAACAGCACCUUCCGCUCCGCCUUGGGGGGCUCGGUCUUCCACUCGCCAGCAUCUCAUCCACCGCUUUCUGCAGGGAAGUCCUGCUUCCCUCGGUCUCCACAGCCCAUCCACACUCCCAGCUGCGUGAUCCCAAAGCCUCCUCGGCAAGGACGCCUGGAACACAACAAGGAGAACAUCUCCCUGCGUGCCGGGACGCCUCUGAGCGGUGGGUGUACCCCCACAGCCCCUGUCCAGCGUCCCUGCAGCAUUAAGGCUGUGGCCAGCACCUAUUCCGAGUUUGCGCACGGACUUUCAAGGGCUUCCAGAUCUGAGUGCCGCUCGCGCAUCCUCAACUCCACGGCCUCCAACAUUGAGAGCUGAGGGAGGGGCUCCUCCCGUGUGUACUGUGGGGCUGGGGGGGGCGGCCGGGGGCCCCCAGCUGGGCAGGUGGCACCUGGCUUCCUCCUGCUCAGGGACCCCCCUGGCCCACUUUUAACCACGACGUGUUGCUUGUUUUUAGUGCAACUCCUUCUUUGCAAUGUUGAUUUUAAAAGGAAUAAAUGUUAAGGUGGGGAGAGGGUUUCCCUGCUGCACACUCUGCUGCCCCGUUGAGAGCGAGCUGGGCCACUUGCAGCCAGGCAGGGGUUUCAGGGCAGGCCCCCCCCCCCCGUGCAGGGGCUUCUUCCCCAUGUCUGGGCCCUCCCACUGGUGAGGAAGCGACAGAGGCGGCCCUUGCCGUGGCAGCCUGUGGGGCAGGCCCCUGUGUCCAGAGAGAGACCCUGCUCACCCCGCUGCAGUCUUUCUAAUGGGACCCAAGCGGGGCUCGUGGCUGCUCUCUUGGGAGGGACAGGAGGGGGCUUCUGCCCACUGCGCCCGACUCAUCAUGGCUCGAUUUGCACCUUCUUUUCACUACAGUCCAGUUAUUUAUUGGGGUUUGUUACUCCGGCUUGUAACCUGCCCUCCUUAUGCAGCGUAGGGAAUUAACGGUGUGGUCUCUGGCUGGAGAGAAGUGUUGGCCCUUCCGGGGCUCGGGGCUGGGUGCCGAGGGCUGUUUCCCUCCCCGCACGGCCCUGUGCCGCCCUCCUCGGAUCCUGACUGCCGGCCCAUAAGGAGAAGCGCAGCAUUUUAUUCACGAGUGUUACAUGGUUUUGUGUCCCUUGUCGAGUUCUGCUCUAACAAAUACAUUUGGAUCCUGUACUCUU